AUAUAUCAUCCUCUCAUGGCAUCGAGCUCGAUGAAGUCGGCACGCGGGUCCUCUUCGUCUUGGACAUCGAAGCAAAACAAGCAAUUUGAGGAAGCCUUGGCCAUGUUCGACAAGGACACGCCUGACAGGUGGCACAACAUAGCUCGGAGGAUUAGUGGUAAGUCAGCCGAGGAAGUCCGGAGCCAUUAUGAGUUGCUCGUCAAGGACAUCAUGCAAAUCGAAACCGACCAAGUCCCAAUACCCAACUACAAGCCCACACCCACUAAUGCCAGACCAAUUUACACUAAUGAGCUCAGGCUUAUGAAGAAUCUCAAGCUGCAGUGAUGACCACUUGUAUCUGUUAAGAGUGAAUACUUAAUGGAAAGAAAAUUAAGCACAAACAAAUGAAAUAAGCAGAGAAUAUACUAUUACUGUGUUUGGUGUACAAGGUUGAAAAAGAAUUAUAAGAUGGACUAUAAUUGUGGAAG